AGGACGUCCUUCUGUCCGUUCCUUCGCUCGCAGCUCAGCCCGGUGCACAUUAUUUGCCUUUGUUCUCGACAAUAUGGCAGGGGCGAUGUUCAAAAACAGCCGCGUUUACUGGAUGGCCUUUGUGGCCUACUGGGGAAUCGUCCUUUUCGGUUAUGAUACCGGUGUGGGUGGAGGUGUCGUGUCCCAGAGCUACUUCCUGGAGCACUUUGGCGCAAUGAAGGAAGGGAAGAUCGAUACGGGAAAGAAGAACGAGAUUUCAUCAAAUGUAGUCGCCGUGCUUCAGGCUGGCGCUUUCUUCGGCGCUUUAAGUAGUGCUCCGAUCUCUUCUCGCUUCGGCCGGAGAUGGCCCCUAGUUGCGUACACGCUCAUCUUCUCGGUUGGCGCGAUUCUCCAAACCAUCGCAGGUGGCUCGCGCGGCCUGGGCUACAUCUACGGCGGUCGUGUCGUGGCUGGUUUCGGUAUCGGUGCCAUCUCCGCUAUUGCACCAGCCUACGUCUCCGAGUGUUCGCCGAAGGAAGUCCGCGGUCGCAUUACCGGUCUCUUCCAAAUCAUGGUCGCGAUCGGCGUGAUGUUAUCGUACUUUAUCAAUUUCGGCGUUAGCUUGCAUCAGCACGGCAUGAACAUCUGGCGGAUACCGUUCGGCUUCCAGCUCGUCCCCGCGGGCAUGAUGGUAAUGGGUCUGUUCACCGUUAAGGAGUCGCCGCGUUGGCUCGCUUCGCGCGGCCGGAACCAAGAGGCCCUGCAGAACAUCGCGUACCUCCGCAAAGAGUCGCCCGAGUCCGAGUCUGUCAUGUAUGAGCUCGCCGAAAUCGAGGCGGCCAUCAAGGAGGAGCGCGAGGCCCGGCAGGGGCUCGGGCUUAAGGAGGCCUUCUUCGGAAAGGGCAACUUUAUCCGCUUCGUGAUCGCGUUCGUGAUCUUCCUCCUCCAGCAAUGGAGCGGUCAGAACUCGGUGUCGUACUACGCGCCGCAGAUUUUCCAAUCCAUCGGGUAUACCGGCAACGCCAACUCGCUGCUCGCGUCCGGUAUCUACGGCAUCGUCAAAGUCGUCGCUACCGCGCUCUUCGUGUUCUUCCUCGUCGAGUCGCUUGGCCGCAAGAUGUCGCUCAUCAUCUCCUCCUUCGGCAUGGGCAUCCUCUUCUUCAUCAUCGGCUCCAUCCUCAAGACGCACCCGCCGCCGACGGCUGGCAGCGUCACCCCGCCCGUCGCGAGCAAGGCGAUGGCCGCGAUGCUGUACAUCUACGUGUGCUUCUACUCGAUGGGCUGGGGCCCGCUCCCGUGGGUGUACGUGUCGGACAUCUUCCCGACGCGCACGCGGCACUAUGGGCUGGCAGUCGCCAGCGCGUCUCAGUGGCUGUGGAACUUUGUCGUGUCGAAGGUGACGCCGAUGAUGGUCACGGAUUUGGGCUACAAGAUCUUCCUCAUGUUCGCCACCAUCAACAUCGCCGGCAUGGGUGUCUUCUCUCUGCUCAUCCCUGAGACGAAGGGACGCUCACUCGAGGAGAUGGACAUCAUCUUCGGUACCGUCUCGGCGGAGAAGCGGAGAGCAGACAUCGAGAGGCAGGAACGAGCCCUCGAGCACGAAGCACAGGAUACAACGUCCGAAAAGUCGAUACAGCAGAAGGUGUAGGGAAAGCUUCCUCGACCUCGGCUCUGUUUUGCUGGUAUCAUUGCUCGAGCUUCAUGUCUGUAACGCUUUCUUGUAAUGUUAUUUGGUUGAUGAUACUUGCUUCACGUGAACUGUACGAUUGUCUGUAAUACUCAUUACCUUACCGUCCCAUAUUGUUUGAUCGAGAAAGCUGAGCGGGCGACUAUUUUGCCGAC